AUGAAUCAAGGGACUCUUGUGAUUUUUAAUGUGGACUCAACAGUAUCAAAUGAUGAGCUCCUUAAGCUGUUUGGAGGCCAUGCUGAAAUAAGAGAGAUUAGAGAAACCCCAAACAGGAGAUUCCACAGGUUCAUUGAGUACUAUGAUGUUAGAGAUGUAGAGACAGCCCUUAAAGCACUGGACAUAAGCAAGAUAGGUGGUAAAUGUAUAAAGCCCGAAUUUAGCCGUCCUGGAGGAGCACGUCGAGUGUCAACAAGUCAAGAUUUGGACAAAAACGAAGUUACAACUUUCUUUAGUCAAGUAGCUAAACAUAUUUCAUUCAGGUCAUUUCUUUAG